GACAUUCUCCAUUGCCUUUCUGGACGCUGUGACUGUACCGUCUGGGCGUCGGAGUGCAGCUAUCUUGAUCUUCUAAUCAGCGGAGCUUCGGUGUGCUUUGCGAACGCUUUUCCCAGCCUCUGCAGCUUCGACCGUAACUGCUGCUCUUCCCUCUUUAAGAUCUUCUUUUAUCGCUUGUCUGCAUUGUUGUCCAGGUCCGCACAUGAGUUUGUGGUUACCUGCAAAUGUUCUUUAUUUCGUAUUAAUAGUGUCGACUUUAGGGACCACUUUUACGGAUUAACCGAAUUACAUCAACUAUUCUUGGACAAUAAUAAAAUUAUCAACUUGGAGGACGGUGUUUUCGAACACCUUCCUAAUCUUCGUAAACUCGUGUUGGACGGAAACAAAAUCAGACUACGGGCAGAAAUUUUUGACGGCCUAAAUGCUUUGGAAGAACUCAGUUUAGAUUAUUGUGGAAUCGACAAUUUAAAUGUCAACGCCUUUGAAUCGUUACCUAACUUGAAGAAGCUUUCGCUAAGGGGAAACCCAUUCUCGGAAGUCCCGCGUGCACUCAAUGCUCUCGAUAAGCUUGAAGAUCUGGACAUUAGCGGCACUAAUAUUGCUGAAUUUCACGCACAAUCACUGAAGCAACUCUACAUGGGCGACAUGCCAUUCCUUUACGCAAUUCAGGAUUGCGCAUUUUGCGGUCUCGAGAGACUUGAGCUUGUUCAUAUGAACAACUGUUCACGUUUGCACGAGAUCCAUCCAAAUGCUUUCGGUUGGUCAGACCGCCGUGACGGUAAAGUGGGAAAUCUAAAGCAUCUGUAUGUGGAGAACUGCAAUAUACGUACCAUAAACGAGAACCUUUUACCAUGGGAUACGCUCGAAGAGCUCGGAAUAGGUGGCAAUCCAAUCAAUUGCUCUUGUGAGACAGCGUUUCUACUCGAAGACGAGUACUUCUCAUAUGAAUACACCAACACAUUACCAAAAUGUGCUUCACCUCCUGAACUCAAAGGCCGUUUACUGACAAGAGUUGCUCAGUCUGAUGCCUGUGCAACAAAGCUUACAAUCUUCAUGGUGAUGCUUUUGUUGGUGUUCGGUACGAUUGGCAUCUACUUGUGUGUGAUUACAAAACGUUGCGAGAGAUUAAUCAGAAACGUACAAAAUCCUAAAGUCUCCUACUCUAAUCUCGCUAACAAGGAUGAUCAACAAGGUCUUGAGCAAGAUUUUCAACCACGACCACAAGAAGUCUAA